CGGAGGAACACAGAACCAUGUACAGACUCAGCGGCGCCGGUGUUUCCAACGAGGAGAUGAAGAUCCUGCGAGAGCUGGAGACAGACGUGGAGAAGGGCUUGGAAGAGGAGAUUAAAGAUGGCAUGUACCACCUCGCUCUGAAACUGCGCCAACUUUAUAUGCAGCAGCAGCAGGAGAAGAAGAGAUCCAUCUCUGAAGUUAACAUAAGCAUUAAGAUGGAAGGAGAGACCAAGGUUGAGAUAAGAGAGAGGAAGAGAGAAGCUCGUCGCGGCGAAAAGGUGGCGACGGCGCCGGAGACCAGGAAGUUCGACUGGGUGAAGACUCUCCGAUCAUCGGGAGGAGGUGCAGCAGGUCCGGCACCGGCCAAGAAACAGGAGAGCUCUCGCCGCCGCCUUGAAUGUGGCUGUAGGAGAUGUUGCAUCUGUGCUGCUGCCUCCGGCCGGCGCACGGGGAGUGCACGUCCGAAAAAGAAGGUUCUUGAACUGGGAUGGAAAAAUUGAAAGUGGUCAGGAUGAGGGCUUUUGAUUUGGGGAAUUGGGAGACGGAGAUUGUUUGUGUUUGUUUGGUAAUUUCAAUUAUGUGUUUGGUUUACAAAUUAAUUACAAUGAAAAGUUUGCAAGAU